UCAUUUAAAUUUAAAAUGUUUUAAUAAUAAAAAAAUUAUAUAUUUAAUUGCUUUAAUAAAAUUUGAGAAGUGACAAAACGAAAAAAAAACUUAUUAGUGAAAUAUUUAAAAAAUAGUUUUAAAAAAUAAUUUUUAAAAAAUAUUUUGAAAUAAACAAAAAAUUUUAAAGGAUUUAAAAUUAAAUAAAACAAAAUUUAUUUAUUAAGAUAUUUAAUUAUAUUAAGUAUUAAAUAAUAUUAACUAUUUAAAAAUUAAUUUAUAAAAUAUUUUAAAAUGAUUGAAAUUGUAAAUAAAUGGUUUUUCAUACAAAUUCUAUUUUGUUUAAUGGUAUUUGGAGCAGAUGAUUUACCUCCAACAUUUGAUAAAUGUAAAAGAGAUACAAAUUUUGAUAAAUGUCUUGUGGAUGCCGUCAAUAAAGCCUUAGUUCUUCUCAAGGAUGGUAGCGCAGAAUUCGGUGUAGCACCAUUAGAACCAUUAAAAAUUAAAAGUAUGUCAAUUAGUUCUGGUAAUGCUCCAAUCAAUUUAAAACAAAAUUUUAAAAAUGUUAAAGUAAAUGAUUUGAUUAGCACUAGUACAAUUACAAGAUACAGAACAAAAUUGGAUAAACAUUUAAUUGUUUGUGAUAGUAUAAGUAAAAAAAUUGAAGUUAUAGCAGAUUAUGAAAUAUCUGGCCGUAUACUAUUAUUACCAAUAACUGGACAUGGACAAGCUAAUAUAACAUUAAUUGAUACUAAAAUUGAACAUCAUUUAAUUGGUGAACCCUAUACAAAAGAUGGUGUUCUUUAUAAUAAAUUAAAAGAAUAUAAAGUUAUAUUUAAUCCAAAACGUGUUUAUAUGUAUUUUGAUAAUUUAUUUGGUGAUUGUAGAUUAUCAGAAGCAAUGAAUAGAUUUUUAAAUGAUAAUUGGGAAUUAGUAUUUAAUGAAUUGAAAAGUGGUUAUUCAGAAAGUUUUGGAAAAGUUUUUAAAGAAAUAACAAAUAAAAUAUUUACUAAAGUUCCAAUGGAUACUUUAUUCCCAAGAUAAAUAUUUAAAAAUUAUAUUUAUAUGUAAAAUAAUAUUUAAAUAAUAUAUUUUUUUAUGUUAAUCUAAAUUAUUAAAAACGAUUAUAAAUUAAGAAAAAUUCUAUAUGUAUAUUCAUGCAGGAAAAAAGCA